CCAAAUUAACUCAAUAAUUUAUUAUGAUAAAUAUUGUAUACCAUUAUACGAUAAGAAUUUAUAUUUAUUUAUUUAAUAAAAUACGGCUGUAUUAUUUUCAUUGAAAUAUAGCAAACGUUAUUUCAAAUACAAUAUUUUUCAACCUAAAAGUGAUUAUUAGUGUAUUGAAUCGUUGACUGAUGGAUGAAAAUAUUCAAAACCAGGAUUCAAAUGAUGAUGAUUCUAGUAUUGAAGAAAACUGGCUCGAUGAAGAAUACUGUCAAUAUAUAGAAAAUAGUGUGAAAGAGUUUUGCCCACGACUUUCUUCACCUCUAUUCAAGUUGUCUCAACAUAAAUUAGGACCAUUAGGUAGAAGAAUAAUACUUUCACAAUUUCAAUCUUCUACACCUAAAUAUUUAAAUUCAUGUGAUUUGAGUAUAGAAGACUCUACAAAUAAACAACUAAAUCAGAGAUGUCUUGAUAGAUUUGUUGUAUCUAUUCCAUGCUAUUCAGGAGAUCAACAGUUAUGCAUCGACCCAUCACCCUUAAAACCUACUCAAACAUCUACAGAUGUUGUGCUUUCUGAUUCUUGUUACUAUUCUGAAUGGAUGAUAAUAACUCAAUGUUCACGUCCACAAAGAGCUCCAGAAAUUGUUUUUUUAAAAAUUAACUGGCGUCAAAGAUCUGGAACCGACUACCAACAUUCAAUGACAAACAGUCAUACUUCUAAAAUAAUACAAACUGAAAUAAGAGAAUAUAAUGAAAGUUAUUCAAUUUCUACAAGUCAAUCAUUUCAGCAAUAUCUUGCAGAAUUUUUGUAUUCUAAUGAAGAUGAAUGCUGUCUGUUUCCUUCAUUAGAAGAGUGGAAUCCCUUGUGCAAUGAUAAUUGUUUAUUAAGCCUAGCAGAUGACUUAUUUUCAUGUUUUCAACAGUAUCAAUUUUACAAAUUUUCGAAUCCUACUGCCAGAAUAUCAAAACAACAAAUGAUGUUAAAUCAAAAUCAACAAAAUUAUAUAUUGAAUUGUAGAAAUGCAUUUGCUCAAUAUAAACAACUAUCUCAAUUAGAAAAAUCAUCAGACACAUGUAAAAUAACAAAUAAUACAUUUUGUGAUUCAGAAUAUGGGGAUAUACAAACAGAACUUUUGGUCUUAGAACAAAAUGAUUUUGAUUUGAAUGAUUAUUAUCAUCAAUCUAUCACACCAUUAAUUUUACUACAUACCAUUAUUAGUUGUAAGAGGAUUCAAAUGUCUACUCAUUGUAGUCCUGGCAGUGAAGAUAAUUUACAUACUAAAGGAUUUUCGACAAAGGAACAAAAUGUUUUGUUGGCAUCAGUUAGUACUUGUUUUCCAUCUGUACUGCCAAAUACACGUAACAAGAAAUUUAUCAUUAAUAAUAGAAAUAAUAGAUAUGUUGUAAAAGUAUUGAACAAAAAUAUAUUGCAAAAUACUUCCAUUCUAUCAGAAAUGAUGUUAGAUUUAGAUUGUUUGGAUACAAGUAUGAUCGAUUUUGUUACUUAUGUUACAAGGGUAAAUUCAGUUGCACUUCAAGCAUAUAGAACCUGUAUAGAAAAUAAAAAUCAAGAAAAAGAUGAAAAUUAUGCAGAAAAUAUUAUGGAUAGGUCUAAAAUUUCCACUUUGUUUAUUGAUUCCCUUAUAGAAGAAUUUGUUAGUAAUUCUGAAGUUCUUAUUCAAAUUGAACUUUUAGAUUACUAUUUUUCAAGUGAUUAUGAACAAUCAACAAAACUUCAAAACUCUACUUCAACCUUUGAUACAAUAAGAUUUUUGAUUUCAUCUUUAGAAAGUGAUUAUAAUAAUGAUGUUUCUUUGAUUAAAUAUAUAUUGACAAUUAGAAUGGAUUGUUAUUUUGAUGAAAAUUCUAUGAAAAACGAGGGACUGUUGUUGGAUUUAGGUGCUGAGAAAGAGUUUCAACAUCAAAACCCCAUACUAAAUAAAAACUUAACUGUUACUGUUAUAGUUAAUUCUGUGUAUGAAGAUGAAGAUGAAAAUGAAGAAAGGCAAUCUGGUAUAGUAUUAUUGAACUUUGAUUUAUUUACUGGAGAAGAAAUUGAUGAUGAAAAUGAAGUAACAACUUUGGUAUAUCAUGCUGUGAGCCGUAUAAAAAAAAAGAUCUAUAAAUUUAUUAAUGCUACUGAUAUUCGACAUUCAACUAUCUAUAAAGUAGUUGAUUCUCUGGUUUCAUUACCAAAAUCACUUUGAGAAUACUCAUAAUUUUUCUAGUAUAUUUUGCAAUUCAUAACAAUCAUAAUAAUUAUGAAUGAUAAUUACUAAUUAUUGUUAAUCAUAAUAUCAGUUUUGGUUUAUAAUUAAUGUAUAUUGUACUUUUUUUUAUAAACAAAAACUAAAUAAUUAAUGUAAAUAAAAAUUGAUUAUUGA